AAUUUCGAACCCAUUGAUCUGGCAACGCCAAAGCGGCUUACCGGCUGUUCAGGCAGUAUUAUUCGGACUUCGUGCGGUCAUACUAACUGGAAAUUACUUAACAUGCUGCAGGGAAUGCUCCAAAGGACCUGCCUGGCGGUUGUCAGCACCGCACAAACUCUAAUCGUGCGGGAUAAGCACGCUUUCAAUCGGGCGGUGCUGAAACCGAAAGUACGCUGCCAUUUUCCGAAACCCAUGGAGGUGAAGAGAAUCAAUGUCCACGGCUGGGAAGCGAGGAUGUCGACGCCCGAGGGACGACGAGUGCUGAUGAACCGGAUCCUCAAAGGACGCCACAAUUUGUCGCACUAGCCUUGUGUUAAUAAACCUAACUUUAUUUACAAAGUUA